UAAAAAAGCAAAGCAUUGAAAUUAUGAAGGAAAAUUAAAUGAUUCCCAAUGACAAUAUUUUAUUGGAAAGUUGCAAACGAUAAGACCAAAACCCUGUCAAAAUCAUCUCUCUCUUGGAUGGAGCAUUAAUAUAUAAAAAAAAAAAAAAAAAAAUAAUGGGAGAGGGAUUCAAAGAAACAUAGUCGAAAGAUUUAUGGUUGAUUUUUGCAGCAUCUUCCUUCUUACUUCUACAUUGCAUUGCGUUUGGCAGUUCAUCUUCGGUAGCUGUAGUUUAGAAAAUGAAGGGUCAAUUGUCAUGGCUUUUUGGGGUCAUGAUUUUGAUGGCUGCUAUGGCAGAAACCCAGAUGCUGAAAAUAUCAAACUACCAGUUUGGGCCAUUUGACAGUUCCUACUACAACAGAUUGGCAGUUCUAAAGCCAGCUACAAUCAGCAACGAUGCCCUUCAAAUCACCCCUGAUUCCAUUGGUAAUUUCAGUCUCAGCGACAGGUCUGGCAGAAUCUUCCUCAAUCAAACUUUCAAGCUCUGGGAUGGAGAUCCCAAGGAAACAGCAGUUUCCAGGGUGGCUUCAUUUAAUACUUCUUUUCUUAUCAAUGUUUUUCGAGUUAAUGACUCUGUUCCUGGAGAAGGUCUUACUUUCCUGAUCGCCCCUGAUCUCAUCCUUCCUCCUGGUAGUUCUGGCCAAUAUCUAGGAUUGACAAACUCAUCCACCGAUGGCCUUUCUUCCAACAAUUUUGUAGCCAUCGAACUCGACACCUAUAAACAGGAUUUUGAUCCAGAUGACAACCAUAUUGGUCUAAACAUCAACAGUGUUCAUUCUAACAAGACUGUGUCUUUGUACGAAUUUGACAUCCAAAUUGCUCCAAAUGGUACCAAGUUUUACGUCGUGUGGAUCGAAUAUGAUGGUAAAAACAAGUCAAUAAAAGUUUACAUGGCAGAGCAGGAGCAGUUGUCUUCGCCAACACCUUCCAAACCCUCCACUCCUGUCCUCAGUGCUGAUCUUGAUCUCAGCAGCUUUGUCAAACAGAACUCUUAUUUGGGUUUUUCGGCAUCAACAGGGAGCCAUGUUCAGCUCAACUGUGUGCUCAGAUGGAACUUGACUAUGGAAGUGCUUCCUGGUGGGAACAAAGUAAAAAAUUGGUUCAAGAUUGGAUUGGCAAUUGGAGUUCCAGCAGUGGCACUUUUCCUGCUUGGAAUUGGAGGGUUGACUUAUUAUUGGUACAAGAAAUGGAGGGCCAGAUCUGACCCUAACAUAUUAGGAGCACUCAAGAGUCUUCCGGGGACUCCCAGGGAGUUCCGGUUUAAAGAUCUGAAAAAGGCUACCAAUAAUUUUGAUGACAAGCAUAAGCUGGGUCAGGGUGGAUUUGGGGUGGUCUAUAAAGGGCUGCUGCAGAAGGAGAAUCUGGAAAUUGCAGUGAAGAAGUUUUCCAGGGACAUUAAGGGUAAAGAUGAUUUCUUGGCUGAGCUUACUAUCAUCAACCGCUUGCGCCACAAGCAUCUUGUCCGCUUGCUAGGAUGGUGUCACAAGAAUGGUCUGCUGCUUUUAGUGUACGAUUACAUGCCAAAUGGGAGCUUAGAUACUCAUAUAUUUUGUGGGCCGGAGAAUACAACACUUAAUUGGAAUUUAAGGUACAAAAUUAUAUCAGGAGUAGCAUCAGCUCUACACUAUCUUCACAAUGAAUAUGACCAAAAAGUGGUGCACCGCGACCUUAAGGCUAGCAACAUCAUGCUGGACUCCGACUUCAAUGCCCGGUUAGGCGAUUUCGGAUUGGCUCGGGCCUUGGAAAAUGAGAAAACUUCUUAUGCAGAGCUGGAGGGAGUGCCUGGCACCAUGGGAUAUAUUGCCCCAGAAUGUUUUCACACUGCCAAGGCUACCAGGGAGUCUGAUGUUUAUGGCUUUGGGGCAGUGUUGCUAGAAGUGGUUUGUGGGCAACGUCCAUGGACUAAAAUAGGUGAAUUCCUGCUGUUGGUAGAUUGGGUUUGGUGGCUACAUAGAGAAGGGAGGAUACUUGAGGCAGUGGAUGAGAGGUUAGGUAAUGACUAUGUUGUUGAAGAAGCUGAGAGAUUGUUGUUACUUGGUCUAGCAUGUUCACAUCCUAUUGCUAGUGAACGGCCUAAAACUCAGGCAAUCUUCCAGAUUUUAUCAGGGUCCAUGGCUGUGCCGCAUGUUCCACCGUUCAAGCCAGCUUUUGUUUGGUCUUCUAUGCCUGGACCUGGCAGUUUCAGCAUCACCUCCUGCAGCGUGACUAAAACUGCUGAUAUCACUCCUAUCUCAUCAGGAUGGACUCCACAAUACAUUAGCAGAGAUGUUCAAGGUGAAUUCAGUGACAGCAACUCUCUCAUGUGACAAAUAAUGAUGGCUUUGAUUCAACAUGUUUUUGUUAAAAAGAGAAUCCACUUCUUCUUUUUCUUUUUUUCUUUUUUUUUUUUUACUAUUUUUUCUUUAGCUUUUCUUGUACUAGGGAAGUGGGAAAGUCCAUGCUUACUAGCUUCACAAUAAUCUGAUUCAAUGUUCCUUGUGUUUUUUUUUUGGUUUGAUUUAUGAUUGGGGAGGGACUGCAAACGUACAUUCUGGAUUAUAUAUAUUGUUCUGUUUCCCUAUUUUUUAAAAAUAAAGUUGUAUAUUUGAAAAAAAUUAUUUAAUAAUCAAGUGGGGAAGUCUGAAGAGAAGGGAUUUGAAUUUUGAACUUUAAUCC